UGAUGAUGGUGAUGAUGGUGAUGGUGAUGAUGGUGAUCGGAUUUCCGUGUACUGGGUGUUUCCCUUCACGCAUCGCACGUGGCAACCCCCAGCCUUUGAUCCUUUUCAGUUUAUUUUAGUUAUUUUCUUUGUCUUUUUUAUCUUUACAUAACCAGCUGUUUGAUUUAGACCUUUACUCCACGGAAUCCAAUUUGAACCUUUUCGCCAUUGAACCUGAUCCGGUGUUGUCCGGUUUCUAACCACCAUCCCCUCACAUUUUCCAAAUUAAAGCAGCUGUGUGCGUCACGGCAGACAGCAGCGAUUAGGUGGAGGAAGAGAAGGAAAGAUGUCCGGUAUCACGCUGCUGUCCGUGUCUCUGACUUUGUGUUUGCUGUGGGCGACCGGCGGAACGACGCGGAGCGGGGCAGUGACCUCACAGGACGCCCUGGAGCGGGUCCCGUUCAGCCUGAACGACAUGUUCCGAGAGGUGGAGGAGUUGAUGGAGGAUACGCAACACAUUCUGGAGGAGGCUGUUGACCAGAUAACUACUGAAAGUGCUAAAUCCUCUUUAAUAUCAAUGGAUCUGCGUCCUGACUACCAUCACCAGACUCAGAAGGUGGUAAAGAAUGGAGACGGAGUCGUCCAGGUCCUAGAUAGGACUGACAAGGAAACAAACAACAACACAGGAGAGACUCAUCUUUUACACACCCAUAUGGAGAUCACUGGUCAGUGGAACAGUGUGGAUCAUGAGUGCAUGGUGGAUGAGGACUGUGGUGACCAGAAAUACUGCCUGUAUGAGAUUGAGAACUCCAAGUGCCUCCCCUGCAUCCCAACAGAUAUGCCCUGCACUAAGGAUGAGGAGUGUUGCUCAGAUCAGAUGUGUGUAUGGGGCCAGUGUACAGUCAAUGCCACCAAAGGAACAGAGGGGACUAUCUGCCAGGGUCAGAGCGACUGCCGGUCAGACCUCUGCUGUGCCUUCCAGAGAGAGCUGUUAUUUCCAGUGUGUAACCCCAAACCAGGGAAGGGGGAGUCAUGUCUGAGCCACCCCAACCUGCUGAUGGAUAUGCUGGCCUGGGACCAGGAGGGGCCCCGUGACCAUUGCCCCUGUGCUGACGACCUCCAGUGCCAACCUCAUGGACGUGGAUCUGUUUGUGGAGACUAACAGUGCAGAUGGAAGAUACACGAGGAAGCUAUACUUGCAUACUUGCUGAUCAUUGACCAAAGAACAGUCCACCUGCUGAAAAACAAUUUCUUAAAGUUCAUAUUGUUGCUCCAGGACAGGAUGUGCACUAUUAUUAAUGCCAUACUGCCAAUGUGUAUCAUAUAUCAUGAAAGAAAUAAAAGACUUCUUUUUAGUUUUGACUGAAAAGCAAUAAAAUCUCUAUAGUGA